GAGAUGGGAGAAGGCGAGGGCGGAGCGGGGCGAGGGUACGCGGGGAGGGGCGGGGGCGCCGGCCAAUCCCGAGCCCGGGCACCUCCCCCUCGGGAUCGCCCGCAACCGCCGCCCCCGCGGGCUCCACACUGACCUCAACAGACCUGCGGCCACAUUCACGCCGCGGACCCGGGACCCCGACCUGGACCCUGUCCCCGACCGUUAUCCCGACCCAGAUCCGGACCCUGACCCCGACCCGGAGACGGAGCCGGAGCCGGAGCCGGACCCGGAGCCGGACCCUGACCCAGACCCGGACCCUCGCCCCGACCCUCACCCCGACCCAGAUCUGGACGCGGACCCCGACCUGGAGCCAGACCCGGAUCCCGACCCGGACCCGAACCCAAACCCUGACCCCGACCCGGACCCUGACCCCCACCCAGACCCCGACACGGAACCGUGAGCCUUGUGUACAGGACCCCGACUUCAACCUCCGCAGCCACCUGCACACGGCCCACUCUUUAUGACUCUGGACCUUGUCCGGGCGCCGCCGCCGGGUUUCCCAGCCAGGAGCUCAGCCAGGCGCCCGUCCCUGGGAAGCCUACAGCUGAGAGGCGAUGAGGGGAUCCUGCUCCUGAGAUCCCGCGUGCAGCCAGCGGGAGCGACCCUGGGACGGGAGAUGACGGCGGAGCACAGGGAUGUCCUGGUGGUGCUGCCCACAUGGGAGCGGCUGCGGCUGGUCGUGCGGUUGCAGGCCACCGGGCGCGAGCUCUUCCAGCAGGUGUGUGACAAGACCAGCAUCAGAGAGACCCACUUCUUUGGCCUCAGCGUGGUCAGAAACGGCGAGUACGUCUUUGUGGACUUGGAGCAGAAGCUCAGCAAGUACUUCUCCAAGGACUGGAAGAGAGAGAUGCACAGAGAAGGCGGCAGGGCCGACGCCCCCUUCGUGGCCUUCCUCAGGGUGCAGUACUACGUGGAGGACGGAAGGGUCAUCAGGGACAAGGCGGCCCGGCACCUGUACUACUGCCACCUGAAGGAGCGGGUGCUGCGGUCCCAGUGCGCCCACCGGGAGGAGGCCUACUUCCUGCUGGCGGCCCUCGGGCUGCAGGCCGACCUGGGCAACCACCGCGAGCCGGUGCACCGCGGGCCGUACUUCCAGCCCCAGGCCUACUUCCCGCAGUGGAUCAUCACCAAGAGGGGCAGCGCCUACAUCCUCAGGCACGCGCCCACCCUGCACCGGGAGCAGCGGGGCCUGAGCCCCAAGGAGGCCGAGCUGCGCUUCAUCAGGGAGGCCUGCCGGCUGGAGGACGUGCCCGUCCACUUCUUCAGGCUGUACAAGGAUAAAAAGGAAGACCGGCCCACCGUUGUUCUCGGACUGACCCUCAAAGGAGUGCAGGUCUAUCAGGAGGUACACCACGCUCCACAGCUGCUCUACGACUUCCCCUGGUCCCGUGUUGGGAAGCUGGCGUUUCUGGGGAAGAAGUUCGAGAUCUGGCCGGAUGGGCUGCCGCCGGCCCGGAAGCUGGUGUACCACACGGGCUGCGCCUGGCGCUCCAGCCACCUGCUGCGCCUGCUCCGCGACAGCCACCAGCUGCACCGCGCCCUGCAGCCCGCGUUACGGCGGCUGCGGCAGCUGGAGGAGGUGCAAGAAAAGAAGUGCUACCGGGAGUCCUACGUCAGCGACGAGCUGGAGCUGGGCCUGGACCUGGGCCUGGCCGGCAGGGCUGCCCCCGGCACCCCCGGCUCCCCCGGCUCCCCCGGCUGCGGGGACAGAGCGGGUGGUAGCCAGCAUCCACCCCAUCAGCUCCCCCUCCUCUCAGCCGACAGCCACUGCAGCUCCCACUCAUCGGGCAUCGAGGUGGACCCCCAGCCGGGGGGGCCCAUGGGGCCGGGGGAGAUGUCAGUGGAUGAGCCCAUCAGGGCCCCGGCGCCCUGCGGGGAGGGGCCAUCCUGCAGUUCCCGUGCCAGCCAGAGCCGCCGUGGCACAGUUGGUGGCGGCAGAGGUGGGCCUGAAGGGGACACUCAGGACCCAGGAGACGCCUCUCCCCAGCAGCCCUUGGCCGUGGUGCGGGUCACACUGGUCAGCAUGAGGGACCGGAGCACUGAGGCCUUGCACCAGAUCCUGGAGGCGGAGGCGGCGGUCGACCGUGCGGACCAGCACAGCCGCAGCCUGGACGACGUGCGCCCCACACCUGCCCCGCGCCGCGCACCGCGCAGCGGUCCCCUCGGCCACGCACUGGACCCCGCGCCCGAGCUCCUCUGCGGUAGGAGGUCCGUGGAUGGCCUCUCCGUGGACCUGCUCAGGGAGGACCACCUCCCGGAGGAAUUUGUGGUAUAGAUGCCUCGCGGCGCCACUCCACCCACACCGCACAGCUCCACGCACGUGGGGCUCCAGCCACGCAGGGCCACACCUGCCCCUCACCUCUCUCUGCCCGGGAGGCUCCCACCGCCCACCACCUGGUUGACUGAGGAGUCUGGCCCAUCUUCUAUACCUGGCGCUUCCUCCUGCGUCCUCACCUGUCGGAGGUGUGGAGCCCUCUCUGACGUGAAACCUGGAGUGAUGAUCGUGUCCCACUUCCUGUGCCGUGUGGACUGUGGUUGAUCCGAGCUCCUUCCAUACUGGUCUCCAGGAGACAGAAGCCAGGUCUGGCAGUCCAAACUGCAGGCAGUGGAGUGAGGCCUGUGCUGGCUGUACCCUGAGAAGGAAAGUGUCUUAGCUUCUUCUGGGCGUUGAAGAGACCCCUGGGGGUCCCCCACCACCGACCCAAUGGAUGGUGAGACCAAUGGAGCAAGCCUUCCAGGAGUCCUUGAGCUCAAGGUCACCAUCACUGUCACCUCCCUGGCCACAGGCUUCCCCGGACCACUCCCUUUGCAGCUCCUGCUGCUCAGUCCUGGGUGCACGGGACAGAGGCCCCUCUGUGGGGCGUCGGCCCAGCUCCUUCACCCAGGACCCCAGCAGAGCCCACCCUAUCUGCCACGUGUACACAGGAGGCACCUGGCCUGGAACUGCACGGCUACGUGGCCACAUGGUCCCAUGAAGUGGGUGAAUCCUCAGCAGGAAGUGGGAGAGGCAGGCUAGAGAGGAAGUGAUCCCACGCUGAACACAUCAAAGGGUGUUCCCAAAGGAAGCCCGCCAGCACAGGUGCACGAGGCUCAGAGCCUGAGUUCCUCCUUUCCAGUCAAAAGGCCAACUUUAAAACAGUGUCCCUUUUCCUGCCAGUGCCCAUCCAGUCAGAAGGGCGUCUGCGCACGAGGGAGCCAUGGCCUGUCAGCAGCGGGACAUCGGGGCACCCAGCCUGCGUCAGCACUGGUCACCCUUCCGGGCCUUUCACUGCCAUGGUCCUCCUCCCCAAAUCAGAAGACUGGACGGGAGGUGCGGGCAAAGGUGGGGCUGCACCGCCCCGCCCUCCACGUCUGCACCCUGUCUCGAGCCGGCCUCACAAGCGGCUGAAUAGCUGAGCCAGGUUUGCAGCGAUUUCUGGAGAAGCGUGUUGAGGGACUUUGACCUUCGCUGGAGGCUGUGCUGUCGGAGCGCUAAGAGGCUAGUGAGCAGCCAGGUGUCCUUCUAACAGGGGACGCACCGGGGGCGGGAGCGCCAGGGCAGGUCCGUGGCUGGGAGGGCUGGCUGCUGUAGUUGUGCUGUGCUGUCCCUUCCAAGUCAGGGCAGCUUCCCCUCACCCAUCCCCGCGUCUAGGGCCCUGUGUGCAGGGGGCUGUCCUCGAAGCCAUCCACCUCGUGGACGGGGCGGAGUGGCUCCAGCCGGUGGAGGGAGCCAGCAUCAGCCUGGCUUUGUGUCCCCAGAUGGAGAGACAGAGCUGGCGCUGCAUCUCACCUGCCUCCUGACCGCAGGUGGGACCCCUGCCUCGUGCCCUGCAGAGGCUCCAAGAGGGGCCGCUCCGAACAGGUGGAACUCCGUGGGUACCACCACCCUCCAGCCCGAGGCUGGUGACAGGCACCUGGGCGUGGUGAGACUUUUUCUACCUGUGGGUCCUCUCCCCUCACACAAGAUCCGCACCCGCACGCCUGCUGCCGUCUGCGCCUGGACGCGCUGACCUGUGCCUCACUGUCGGAGAGCCCAAGACGUCGUCCCCUCCUUGUCCUGCUCAUGCUGUGAGGACCCUGUGGGGCCGAGUCCACCUCAGGCUCAUUUGGCGCCGGGUGGAGCCUGAGUCCCGGGUGGGGUGGGGCUGCAGCCAAGCUGACGCUGGUGGCCCUUUCUGUGAAGGGAAGCUUGUCUGUGCGCGUGUGACAAGAGCUGGACACACAUCUGUGUCUGCACCUGGGUGGCCCCUGUACGCACCUGUACGCGGGGCGGCCGGGAGGCCACGCUGGCCCUCAGUUCACAUAGGGAGGGCUCCUGGCCACUGGGGGCCUCCCCCCGUGAGGACCCUCCAUGUCCCAGCGCUGUGUGGACAGAGGGACUUGGGGGGUGACAGCCCCUGCCCCCUGGAGCUCAGAUUUAUCUUAUUUGUUUUUUAAAAGGUGACAAGAAACCUACCUUCAUCUGUGGUGUGGGGUUGCCGAGGUCAGCGCCGCCGUGGGGCUGGGCCAGGCAGGGAGGGCGGGAGGUCGGUGGAGGCAGCCUCAUCUCCCCAGCACCCCCUCACUGAACAGACUCCCCUCACUGAACAGACUCCCCGCAGGCAGGUCAGGUGCCGGCACCGGGUAGAUGGCAGAUGGGGAAGCGCUCCCAGCACGGAGCACGGUGAGGGCAGGGUCAGCAGCCGUGGUGCUGGACCUCCUGGGCUGCCCUUCGGUCUCCCCCCACAGGAGGUACCCACUCGCCCGGGGCUGCCCCGGGCACCGAGCCUGGUGCCACAAGGGCAGGUGGCAAGGGAGGGGAGCCUGAGUGUGGUCUGGGCCUGGAAGAUGGUGUCCGGAGGUGUUGGGGCCUGAGCCCUGCUUUCCCGCGAAUUUCCAAAAUCAUGCUGAGACAGGCCCUUAUGAGAAAAAAAAAUGAGUUUGCAUGUGUCCUGAUCCAGGGUCCAGGAUGACCUUUUCCCCUUUAAAGGAAUUUUGGGAGCAGGAGCCCAGCCCCACAGGCUGCUUUGCUGUUGCACAAAGCAGGUGUCAGGGAGGGGCGGCAGGCGUCAGGAUGGGGCUGAAAUAAGCUGUUUGGGGCCGCAACCUACACACACCCGUACACGUGCACAUGCAAGCACACGUGUGCACACGAAUGUGGGCAGACGUGGCGAGUCGACAUGGGUUGGUGGAAGGACACUUCCACCGGAUGCCCUCGUGGAGCUCCUAGCGGGGACUCAGAGCUGCGCUCCCGUCCCCGGCCCCGGCCGUCCCUCGGCCGCCACGAGAGGGCGCUGGCUGCACGCUCUGGCUCCUCAGAGGGCGGCUGCCGCGCCUGCAGGACGCUCAGGGACAGACCUGGGUGUGCGGGUCAGGCCUGGAAGCGGGGGUGGGGGUGGGCAUGACCUUGUGGCGAGCCUGCUGGGGGGCGGGCUGGGGCAUGCCUGGGAUGGCCCGGUGCUCACCCGUGUGGUUUCCGACUGGCCUCCCGGUGAGGUCAGAGCCCCACGUCCAGGCUGCCCUUUCUUCUGUCACCCGGGUACAGCCCAUCUUGAGGGUGGCCAGCGCCCUGUGUCCUUGGCAGAUGAGAGGCAGCAGGGACCUCUGGCUGACCCCAAGAAACCACCAGGGCGAGGCUGGGAGUUCCGUUUCUGCCCUUCCUCUGUGCCUGGGUAGACACAGAAAACUGUGCCAAGUGUCUGUGAGCCACUCCGGUGGUCAGGGCACGUGGAGGACAGUCAGAGGCCAAGAGGGACCUCGCGUGGUCUCCAACCCCUUCCCCACGGCCCCCUCCCCACCCGGAGGAAGCGGCAGCCUAGAGGGGGGCAGCCCCUCUCCAGGAGAGGAACAUCAGACGAACCACCUUCUCUUUUGGCGUCAAUUAGGCCCAAAGGUCUCUCAGGCAAAGCAGAUACCAGGAGACACCCGGGAAAACAGGCGUCAGCUGGCAGGGAAAGGGGUUUGUGAGAAGGGCCGUCAUGGCUGGUGCGGGGCCUGCUAAAUGGACCCACUCACCUUGUCCGGGGCGUGUGGCCCCAGGGCUGUGGGGGGUGGGAGCCCCCACACAUCUCCCUCCCCAUUUGUCAGGGCUAAGAGGGACACCCACCCAGGUUUCCUCUGGACCCCGAAGAGGGUGCAGAUGGCUCAGGAAAGUGUCGGCUGGACAGACGCGACCACCAGCUACCCUAGCUGGGCAGGGGGAAGAGGAGGCCAGAGGUCAUGCUGGCGGGUCUAAUUCACGAGAACCUACGGGCUUGUUCGGAGCUGGGCCGACCGCCACGUCUUGCUGGGACCCGGGAACCUGCGCUUUGAAGGUACCUGCCUGUUUGCCCUUGGACCUGGUGCAAUGGAGCAGCAGCCUGCGGUGGAGACCGCCCCUGAGGGCGGUUGCGCGGGACAUGACAGCCGACCUGGGAGCGGUUGUGUCGGGGGCCUCGCCCUCACGGUCUUGGACCAGGAGUCCAGGGCUCCGGUCCUGCCAGCCCCCUUUGUUCCAUGAAGUGUUUUGCACCCUGUGGCCAUGUCACCCUCCCACUCUCCCUCUUGGGAGACAGAAUCCAUGUCCGGGGCAUCCUUUCUCCAAGGACGGCUGCAAGUGGUUGGAGACUCAGAGGAGAGGAGCUGGGUGGCUGAGGCUGGGGCGGGGGCGGGGGUGGGGGUUGCCCUUCCACAGCUGACCGGGCACCCCAGGGGCGGGCUUCACCGGAGGCUCUGAUGGCGGGGACUCAGAGCUGGGCCUCUGCGCUGCACUGCACCGGGCAGGGUGAACUGACCACGAGGCCAUGACGCGCAGGCGCUGGGCCCCACUGGUGGUGUUCACAUGGUUACAGUCUUUCAAAAAAUGUGCAGAACUAGGGCUUUUUAACCAUAAGCAGUUAAGAUCGCCGUCUCUCCACUCAGCGUGCACUCCACACCCUCCCCGCAGUCGCGGGCGGAAUCUGCGGGCAUGUCGGGGCCCUGCUAGUGGGGAGGUCGGGUUUGGUGGGAGACAGCCAGGAGGUUCACAGUCACCGCCGGCUGGACGGGGGCAGCAGGGGCCUCCAGGAGGGCCCCUGCAGCCAGAGGUCACGUCUCUGGGGACCCAGACCCCCAGUGCAGGAAGGACGUGGGGACAGAAGAGAAACAAAGCCGGCACGGGGCCAGGGUUGGGGGCAGGGGGGCCUGCAGCUCAGGAGCCCCCGCACCCCCUCCCCGGGCCACGCUGCGAAGGGAAGCCGGCGCCUUAAACCUCAGGAUGAGGAGGUGCUGGGGGAAAGCGGGCGUGUCUUCCCCAGUCAAGGGCCGGGUCGAGGACGAGGACGCAGCCAGAAAACACAGGGGGGUGCGAUCGGAAGAACUGACCGAAGUGCCUCUCGGAGCUCCGUGGCGGUCUGCACUAUUCGCCAGCUUUUUAAAGCUGUGACUUGAUGGUUUUUAAGUUUUCCUCUAAGUGUUUUUCUGCAUACCUACUUAAGAAUGUGUAACAUUAUUUUUCCUGCAGGAGGGCCCCCAUCACCAACUAUGUACAUAAGGUUCAGGCCUCAGGCCCAGCCCGCCCCCGGGACUCUGCUCCAGGACCUCUGAUCACAGGCGGGGAUGUGUCCCAGGCCCCCUUUGUUCUCUCCUUCCCUCCACGGGACAUGGGGUUCCUGUGAACACAAACCCAGCUUUCCUAAGAGAGCAAAUUUAGGAACAUUUAUCAUUCAUAGACUUCAGCCAUGGGAAAAGGCCACGGCCUCCCGGGACUCUCCUGGUGUGGUGGGGGAGUCAGGGCGGGGGGCAGCCGGCAGAGGUGGGCGGGCGGUGGGGGUUGUAGCAGGAGGACUGGGCUGUCCAGGGUGGCAGCUCGGCCGGGCAGUGGGGGAGCAGGUCUGGGAGGCAGGUUCCCUAGGUGGCCACAAGACCCCGAAGCAGUGAUCUGCCCGGCCUGGACAAAGGCCAGGUCCUCCCCUCAGCCGUCCCGGGACAGCAGAACGUGGGCGCUGGUCUGAGAGGUUCUGGUCCACACACCUGCCCCAUGUGACCCUGCUGUCGCUGUGUAGAUGUGGGAGCAGACGUGGGGGUGUGCCUGGCGGGCAGGCUCUGGCACAUCUAAUCCUUGUCCUGGUUUUGAAGUCUUCAAGGGCAGGCUGUGCCACAUUUAUGGCAGUAUCCCCCAUCUCCCCCGGGGAACGGCCCCGUGCUCAGUGGGCCUCCAAGGGGUGGCUGAGCAAGUGAGUGGAGGGCGGACUGCCUGGUGCAGGUGCUCAGGGACCUCAGCGGGCGGUGCCAGCUCCCUCUAGGCCCCGUGCUCUUCCUCCCCAGGAGCUGCACACACCCGCCCCCCCCCCCCAAGCAGAUGUGUGGAGCCGAUGUACGCUGUGCACAGACCCGGGGGCCUAGCAUGAGCAGGGAGGUCCCAGGAAUCCAGGGCUCCCCACAGGGACACCCAUGGGGAGGCUGAGACCCAGUGGCUCCUUCCUCCACAAACGAAGUGUUUCCUGUCUCUGCCAACAAUGCUAAAUUGGAGACCACAGACCACUAGCCUUGGGGCUGACCCUCGGCCACUCUGAGGGCUGGAGGCUCCAACAGCCACAACAAUGUGCUGACACAGCCCUGGCCGGUUCCCUGGGACACCUGACCCCGCCACGUGCUGGCCUCGGCGUGUGGACAGCUCCCUCCUCCUCAGCGCCCCUGUGACUGGGCUGUCAGGGUUCGGCCAGCUGCUCCCGCCCUGAGGCUCACAGUGACCGGGUCUGAGGCACCAGUGACCAUCUUGAGUCCUGAGGGGGCGUCCAGGGCAGCAGGCAGUGUCUCCUGGGCAAGUCCUCACCUGCAAGAGGACACCGGGCUGUGGGGAGGGCAGAGAAUGUGAAGGGGGCCUUCUGAAUAUAAAACACACACACGUUCAGUUGGUCCUUAUUUUGUCUGCCUGUCUGCUAAUCAACCUGUCAUCUAACUGUCUGCACUGAAACCGUGAGUGCAGACUGGUUCCUGCAGUCCCAGCCCAGCCCUGCCGUUUAGGGGAGCCCCUUCUCCCACCGGGGGGACCCUGUCCCCACUGUCUCCCUGCAUCUUUGUUUGCUCGCUGCCCCGAGGUGCCCAGGCUCCUGGCCUCGCUGGGCAAAUGCACAGCCUGGAGAAGCAGCAGGAGCGGCGGGAAGGCCAGUCAGGGGCCCUGGACGCGGACUCACCCCUCCCCAGCGCCGGCCUGUGGGUUCUGGGGGGCAUCCGUGGUGAGGCUGGGAACUGGAGCAGGCCGGUGGCCUCCCAUGCUGAGUAGCUGUCCCCUCUCCAGUUGUGGACACCCAGGAGGCACUCGAGGGAGGUAGGGGCCCGAUGGGGUGCAGAGCACCCAGCCUGAGGCACUGCGGCCACCGAAGUCCCUUGGGCUUGGACCACCUUGUCCCCUGAGGUGCUGGCUGUGCGUGGGGUGCUCUGUGGACCUGCUCUCUUAGCCGCGCACAAAAUCUCUGCCAGAAUCCAGCUUUUCAUCGUAUUUUUGGAUAUUAAAGCUUUCACAUCCCA